CCAGCGCACCGCGCAUGACAUGUAAAUUACUGGGGAAACUUGACGAACGGGCUUUACAGACAGGACUUCGUGACUCUCGGGGCGCCACGUCCUUCAUGUUUGGUGUAGACUUGUCUUGCGGAUACUUGACCCUCAGACGACUGAACCAUACGCACCUUCCGCCAACAGCACCUCUUCACGUGCUAGAGCGUCGGCACGUAUCGCCGCGGCUCAGUCCCGGCGCCGCCACAGUCUUCCUCCGUCAAACUCCGCGCUUUCCCGCCAGCCGAGCGGUUGCGCCGGCCGUCCGGGCCUACCCAGCCAGCGCUCUCAGCACCGGCCGCGGCGCAAGCAGCGCCCUCACCAGCGUCGCCGCGAGCAGCGGCGACUGUAGCCACCGCAGCAGCCGCGGUUCCGAGCUUGUGUGCCGCGCUCAGCGCCCUCGCAGCUUCAGCAGCAGCGGCAGUAGCAGCCGGGAGCCGGCCUACGACGCCUACGAUUACCCGCUGCCGCAGCAGCAGCUAGAGGCUUGGUACUGGUCGACCGUCGCCGUUAGCGGCACCGAGAGUGGCACUACUAGCACCAGUGAGGACAGCGGGUCGGAGCAGCCCGCCCUCCAGCGGAUCCAACUACCACCAACGGUUAGCGGUUGGCCGACGACGACUCCCCAACCGCCAACGGACGCCAACGGCAACAUGGUGCAGGAGGUUGACCCGUUCACUCAGGAUCUGAAGCAGGUGGUGGCGGAGGCCGCUGCAGCCGCCAACGGCAGCGGCGCCGCCAACGGUAGCGGCGCCAGCACCUCUGCGGUGGUGGCGGCGGCGGACGACAAGGCGGCUCCGUCGGUGGAUGUGACGCGCCACAACUUUGACGCCAUGCUGCCGGCGGUGCGGCGCUACCUGUCCGCCUGCGACUUCUUCGCCUUCGACUGCGAGAUGACGGGCCUGUUCCUGGACGGACACAACGAGAACUACCUGGACGACAUGCAGGACAGGUACAACCGCACCGCCGCCUCCGCGCACGCCUACGUGAUCAACCAGUUCGGGCUGUCCUGCUUCAAGCGGCUGCGCCCCGACGGCCCCGCCGGCGAGCGCCGCUACGCCGCCGCCACCUUCAACUUCUACCUCUUCCCCAGGCCGCCCGAGGGGGGUGCCGCCGCCGCCAACUCGUCGGCGCGGCGCUUCACGUGCGACGCGGGCUCGCUGGCCUUCCUGGCGUCUCAGGGCUUUGACUUCAACCGCUGCAUCUACGACGGCGUGCCCUUCAUGCCGGUACGGCAGCGAGACGAGCUGCUGCGCCAGGUGGACAGCGACCGGGGCGGCGGCGAGGGCGGCGGCGGGCGGGCUGACGUGGUGCUGAGCAAGCCCGAGGACAUCGCCUUUGUGGAGAACCUGCUGGCCACGGUGCGGCAGUGGCUGGCCGCCGGCGCCGCCGCGCCCCUGGACCUGCCGCCCGUCAGCCGCUACCUGAGACUGCUGGCGUACCAGGCGCUGGCCCGGCCCGAGAGCUUCGGCGGCCCCCCUGGCGGCGCCCCCGACUGGCACCCGGGCUUCUACGUCAAGAAGGUUUCGGAGCCGGGCGCCUGGACCACCAUCCGCCUGGUGCCCUGCCGCAGUGCGGAGGUGGCGGCGGCGCUGGAGGCGCAGGAGCGGGAGGAGAAGAGGCAGCAGAUCGCCGCCGCCGCCGGCUUCGCGGCGGUGUGGGAGGCUCUGCGCGAAUGCGGGCGGCCGGGCGUGGGCCACAACUGCAUGUUCGACGUGGCGUACGGCGUGGCGCAGUUCGGGGAGGGCCGCCUGCCGGCCACCUGGGAGGGCUUCAAGGGCGUGGUGUCGGGCCAGUUCCGCGGCGGCCUGUACGACACCAAGCACAUCUGCCGCCAGCUGCCGGCCCUUGGGUCGGACACCAGCCUGGGGGUCAUGUUCAGGAGCCUGGCGCCGCAGCCGCCCGGGCAGGCCAUCACGCCGCAGCCGACCGCUCCGCCCUCACCCGACGCCCCCGCGCCUCCGCCGCUGCCGGCCAAUGUGGCCAUCGCGCACGCGCCGGGCUUUGAGAAGUAUGUGGACGUGGCCGCCGGCAAGCUAGCACACGAGGCGGGCUACGACGCCUACAUGACCGGCGCGGUGUUUGCGGCGCUGGAGGCGGUGGUGGGGCAGGGCGAGGCGGCGGAGGCGCAGGAGGGCGUGCCGCCGCUGCCGUACCAGACCGUGGCGCCGUACGUGUGGCGCCUCAACGUGACACGCUCCGACCUGCCGUACGCGCUGCUGCGCCCCUUUGACCCGCGCGACCCCGCCGCCACCACCCAGCCGGUACCGGAGCGGCCGCUGGUGUUCUACCUGGGACAGCUGUGCUACGGCGUGAGGGCCAACGACAUCCACCGCGCCUGCGAGGAGGCGGGCGUGGGCAAGGUGCGCAUCACCUUCCUGCCCGGCAACCACGCGCUGAUCGAGGUGGGCAGCCCCGAGGCGGCGGCGGCGGUGGCGGGCGGCGCGCUGGAGGCGCAGGAGAACCGGCGCAUCGCCAACGAGGUCCUGCGCUACGCCGACUACCGGGCUCGCAAGGAUGCCGCGCUGGCCGCCGGUACCUGGCCACUGCCCGGCUACGGCUCUGGCAGCUUCCGGCUUGCAGGCAGCGGCCCCAGCGGCCACCUGCCCUCGGGGGGCCUGCAGCAGGUGCCCAGCUUCGGAGCUGGCGGCGGUGCGGGUGCGGGUGCUGGGGUUGCUGGGCGUGGCGCGAAGCGGCAGCGGGAGGAGGCGGGAGCGGGGGUUGCAGCGGCGGGGGCGCUGCCGGGCGCGGGGUAUGCGGCGGCGGCGGCCGCCGCCGCGGCGGGCAUUGCGGCGGCUGGCGCCGGCGCGGCAGGGGAGGGGCAGGGGCAGGAGGGCGGUGGCGGUGGUGGUGGUGGUGAGGGGGCUUGGUGGCGGCCCAAAUGGCCGCGGUGGCUGCGGUGGCCGCGUUGAAGGGGGGUGCGGGAUCCGGCGUGCGUGGCCACCGAAGUGCGUGGGAACCGACGUGUGGGCGUGUGACGCGUCUGAUACAGAGCGGUGGAAUACAGCGGUGUGGGCAGGUGUGUAGAAAUGGGGGUGGGGUGGGGUGGACAGGGAGGAGGUAGUGGCGGCGCAUUGCGAGUUGUGACGGCGCUGAUGACUGGUUGGCUUAUUGCGCCUCAGGCCGUGAGGACCUGGACCAAGGUCAGCAGAGAUUGCUGAGUUGAGGAAGUAUUGUAGCUGUUUGGGUACCUUGUGUGAGAGGGGAUGUUCCCCAAUACCACAUGUCAACGUGCACGUGACUGGCCCAGGCUGUGACCCGCGUACAUAUGCGAUAGCAGCUGUUGUGUGGAACGGCGCUCAUCCGCUCUAUUCCGGCUCGGCUCGGAAAUUGCUAUGCGCAAGCCCAUUGUGGCUGGUCGGCCCCCAGCGUUAAGGUGGCUUCAGCGUGAGAAAACGACAGCUGCCAUGCGCCCAUGCGCUCAGUGCUUUCACACCCAUGCCCGCGCUAGUUUUUCGGCAAUUUUUGGCACCGUGCUAGAGCCUGGUGGGAUUACGGCUCACUGAACAUGGCCUCUUCUGGCAUCGUGCGCAUUCGUUUCUUUGAAGCUGUAAAGCAUCGUCGAU